AGAAAGUCUGGCAUAUCCGUUUACAACUGCUUCCUUUUUGUAACUUCCGGCCGAAGGUAAUGUCGAUUAUUAGACAGUUUCUGUACAAAAUACUUGUUAAAAAUCUUUUAACAUCGUUGAUAAAAAUAAUUUCGUUGUAUAAUUAAACUUUCAUUAGAUUAAAAAAAAAAACAAUGACAUUGAAUUUCAUUAUAGACAUUCAAUAUAUUUGCAUCUUCAAUCAUCUGAAGUAUUUAAAAAUGCAUCUGCUUAUUAUUUUAUUUAAUGUUGUGGCAGUGGAUAAAAAAUAUUUUGUCUAAAUUUUCUUUCAACACUUUUGUAUCUGAAAUAUAUAUGCUAUUCUUACAGAAAAUGGGCCGAGUUAUUCGCUCUCAGCGUAAAGGUCCAGGGUCUGUUUUCAAGGCCCACACGAAAAAUAGGAAAGGAAAAGCUGCACUAAGAGCUGUAGAUUUUGCUGAAAGACAUGGAUACAUUAAAGGUGUCAUUCGUGUAAGUUAUCAGCUGCUGGUUUUGUUUUAUUAAUUUUUAUGGUACACAGUUUGCAUCACAUUGUACUGAAAUUCUAGAUAUUCUUUAGAUAUAUUUUACAUUAAUGCUUAAUUCACAUUAUCUAUAAAAUGCAGGUUCUGUUUUUGACGAAAAGAACGGGAAAGUUAUCAUUAUCUUCGUGUUCAGGGCCAAUUGUUGAACAUUUCACCCUUAGCCUUAAGUGCUAAAAUCGGAAAAGGAAAGAGAGAAUGUGCUGUUAAAGGUGUAAUUUCGGCCAGUAGGCUACAUUUAUUUUUGCAGUGAACGUAGACAUAAUGUCAACAACCUGUGGUCGCUCCCUUUCCUGGUGUAAUUUCAGCCGAUUCGUGCCCUUAACUAAAACAUGAGUGCAAAGUUGGGUAGAGCGACCUACAUAAUAUACUACCGAAUUACAAUCAUGGCAUCUCGUAAAACACAUAGCCCUGUCAUGCCCUAUGAAAUUUGGCACACUUGCAGAUCAAUAUAUACCUGAGUGUCAUAUGUUGAGUUAGGUUUGCAGUUUAUUAGACUUUUUCUCCUUUAUUGGCUACUACUUUUCAUCAUGUCAGCUGUUUUUGAAAUCGCUGAAGAUAAUUAUCAUGAAUCAAUACCUAGUUGGUAGUGGAUCUAUUUUGAAAGAAGACAUUACGAUUAACAAUUAUUAAAUUAUUACCAUGGAAUCUCAUCUGUAUCACCAUUUUCUCACCUCUUAGGACAUAGUUCAUGAUCCUGGCCGUGGUGCUCCUCUGGCAAAGGUACAGUUUCGUGAUCCAUACAAAUAUCGUAUGCUCACUGAGACCUUCAUUGCUGCCGAAGGGAUGCAUACUGGACAGUUCAUUUACUGUGGUAAAAAAGGUAAGCCGGUGUGGGGUGAAAAAACAUACUCAGUUGUACUGUACAUAACUCACUCACAGUGUAGUCAACUGGUAUUGCAAAAUUGCAUUUUUGGUGUUACUACUGUGAAACAUUGACCUCAGGUUUUGACUUGGAAUUUUCUUUGUUGUUUUGACUUUGAUAUCCUUUACUCAUGCCUUUGGUAGCCCUUGAGAGUAGCCUCUAGCUUUGUGGUUUUUGGCUUAGUAUUUUGGGCAAACAAUUUUUUAAAAGUAAUUUUAAGUUUGUGUGUUACUUUGUGCUACACUUGAGUAAUGAAAAAAAAAAUUUUUUAGCAUCUUUGCAGAUUGGCAACAUUCUCCCCGUUGGUAUGAUGCCCGAGGGUACCAUUGUUUGCUGUCUUGAGGAGAAAAGUGGAGAUCGUGGAAAGUUAGCCCGCACAUCUGGCAACUAUGCCACUGUUAUUUCCCACAACCCUGAAACAAAGAAAACCAGAGUAAAACUGCCAUCUGGUUCCAAGAAAGUUGUUUUUUCUGCAAACAGAGCAAUGAUUGGUUAGUAGCCAGUAAAUUGUUAUGGCUGGGUUUGCUUCUUGUUUCAUUCCAAAAUUUUCUCAUCAUGGUAUAGAGUACUUUCAAAAGUUACUUUUGACAUUUUUUGUACUUCAUGAAUUAAGAUUUAAUAGGGGAAGGCUGGAUGUUAAGUAGAUUUUAUACGCCUUUUGUGGCUAAGAACGAUGUAUAAUGUUAAGUUCAAUCGUAAUUUUUUUUUGAAAUAGUAAAUGUCUCCUCACAGUUAAGUCAAUUGUCAAUGUUCCCCUGCAUUUUCAGUGUUACGACUGUGAUAUAGUAAACCUCUUUCUCUAGAUCAGAUUAUCUUGUCGUUUUGAUAUUGAUAUUUUGAUUAUGAGGUCUUGGGGCGCCUGGAUGAAUAUGAUUGCUAAAAUAAAAUAGUUUAUGCUUAUCUUUUCAGGCACACAUUAUUUAAUUUUCACAACCCAAGUGUAAUGAAAUUAUGUAAAUUGUAGCAUAUAAACGAUACAUUUUCUAUGAAUUAGGUAUUGUUGCUGGAGGUGGGCGUAUUGAUAAGCCUAUCUUGAAAGCUGGUCGUGCAUACCACAAAUACAAGGCAAAGAGAAAUUGCUGGCCUAAAGUCAGAGGUGUUGCAAUGAACGUAAGUAAAGUUUAUGCAAGUUAUUUAGUAUUGUUUUGCUGCCAAGGAUGAUAAAAAUUGCGCUCAUCUUAAAUUUAUAUGGUGAAAAAGCAUGGCUUACCUGAUGGCAACAAGCACUUAGUAAUAUCGCUUUAGAUUUAAGCUAUUGUUUUUGUUUAGAUACUCCAACUGAAAAUUUCUAAUACAUCUGACAUAUAGAGCAUUUCGUUGAUAAGAGCUGGCUUUAAGCUUUCCAAUGACACCUAGAUAAUCCUUCUAUCAUUUAUGGAGAAAAGUUAUGAAUUUUUGUGUCAUUUAUUUUGCCCCCCCCCCCUUUUCGCUUUGUACAGUAUUUAAUUUUUAAAAAUGAUUGCAUAACUCUUUUGGUACUAUUUUGCUUGUAUCUUUUUGUCUAUUAAAGUUAGAGCACUCAUACUUGGAGGAGACAUUAACAAUACAAUGUUUAUCAAAACCAAACACAUGAAUUGUGAAUUAACUUUUUAUAUUUUAUAAAAUUAUUUUUUUAGCACACGACAACACGUCUGUCACGACAAUGGUUGGAAAGUUAAAUUUGACGAAAUAUGACAAUUAUUAAAAUAAUGAAGCUAUUGCUAUAAAAUUUUCAAUUCAAACAGAUAAUGUACAUCUUAAAGUAAGGCAAAUUUAAAAUAAAUGAAAUGCUGAUCAGAAAAAUUGCAAUAUUAUUGACAAAAUAUUUCAUGAAAGGCAACCACGCCGGAGUAUUUUAAAUUUGAACUAAUAACUUUUAAACUGCCGCAAUUAAAUUUUCAGUACAAAUAGUGACAAUUAAAAUGUAAUAGAAUAUUAAAAUGUUACAAAGAUUAAUAUGCUAUACAAAAUUAAAAAAAUGUCAUGUAAUCUGUCGACAUUGAUGUGCAAUUUUCACCAUAACUUUUAAAAUAAUAAUGGUGACUCAAUGAAGUUUGCAGUACUGUGUCAAUCUAAAAUUUUCAUAAAGUAUUUCAUUUAAAAAAAAUAAUUUCGAACAUUUUAUGUAAAAGUUAGUUGAUGAAACUCCAUCUGUCGACAUUGCUAUACAGGUACAAUUUUGGCUCUACAGCUCUAGCAACACUUCAUCCUCAUUGAUUGGUAGAUUAAAAAACAUCUGCAUCUAUUGUAAAUAUCAAAUUGGGCUGUUGAUCUCCUCCAGGUGCACACAACAUAGCACAAUGAUGAAUGAUAACAAUCUGUAACUCUAAAAUAUACAAAAAGAGAUUAGGACUACUAUAAGUGUUAAUAACUAAGGACUAGUGGCUAUCUUACUAUAAUUCAUUGCUCUUCGCACGAUGCAUGUCGCUGCACUUUAUUUCUUAUCAUUUUUAAUUUAUAUGGCUUAUUUGUAUUCUUGAUCCAAAGCCAGUUCAUAUAUAUGAACUAUAUUAGGUCACAAGUUUAAUUAUUAAAAACCAGUUAUUAAAAGUGUAUAUAAUUAAACUACUAAGUUGUAAUACAGGUAAUAUUUAUUUUGCUGUUUCCAAAAGGUUUUAAUUAAUAACCACUGUUUUUCAUUAGAGAUAAACUAAUUCCGUUAGUUCAGGGAGAGAAAAUGGCCACAGUUUGGCGGUCUUGAAUUUUUAGUCACGUCGCUCAAGCUCUAAAGUUCAGUGACCAGUACCCCUUGUUUCCCCUUCAAAAUAUAAACUAUGCCCACAAGUAAUUUACAAGUCCGAACAAGAUUUUUUAAAAAUAUGUAGCUCAGUGAGCUCACUUACCCCAACUUUCCAAUUAAUCGUCUCAGCAAGGUCAGAAUUCCACUUAAUUCAUAUCCUCGUAACAGGCAUGCAUCGCAGAUUUGAAUUAAAAUGAGGUUCCUCUAUUUUUAGAAAAGACAUAUCAUCACAGAUCUAAUGAAAAGCGCCGCUCAGCAGGCAAUGUAGUUAUCCUCUGAAAGAAUAGCUGUUCAGGUUUUAGCGUUGAUGCAAAAAGUGAUGUUCAGAUAAGACAAUUUUUAGUCAGAUUUAUGUUUGGUGUGGGUUAUUGAGUAUGUGCAAGUAGGGAUACAUUUUUCUUAGAGACACUUUGUGUUCUUUGUUCUUUAGAAUGGGUUGUAUUUCCAUUUUGAAGCCUAAUCAUUACCUGUUUUAUGAUUAUAACUUGCCAAGGAUGAUAAAAAUUGCGCUCGUCUUAUAAUUAUAUGAUGAAAAGCAUGGCUUACCUGACGGCAACGAGCACUUUUUGGAUCACUUUUUUUUUUGCUUAAGACGUCCAAUUAUUAAAUUAGUUGACAAUGCCUUUCAUAGGGCAGGUGGAUAAGUGAAAAUUGAUUUUAUCAGUUUUUUUUUUUUUUUGCGCUUCACAAUAAUGAUGCUGCACUGCUUUUGGUAACUAAGAGGACCAUUUGUAUUAUGUAGAUGUCAAUGUAUAUUAUUAUUCGUGGGUUAAGGCCUGCACAAGUGCGGGCCGUAAUACUUUAUGAAAAUCUUGUGCAGAAAAUAGUAAAGGGGGGUUGGAAGCUAUUGACUCAUUCCCGACAGUUGCGACUAAAUGCGUCCUCGGGGGGGGGGGGUUCCUCCUGAUGCGUCCCGGCGCAUAGCGACACACCUCGCUUAUUUUUAGUUAAAAAUAGCAAUGAAAUCUCGCACCCCUCGAGCCUUCCGGCUAUGGCGUGAUUUCUNUUGUUUCACUUUAAAACUACGUGUGCUUUAGUACGGCGCGUCUAUAUGUACCAUGUGUUCGUCCGAGGUGCCGAAAAUCGAUUUUUUUGGCCAUUGUUCGUUAUUUUUCCCCCGCUAAUGUUAUAUUUAUAUUAAACCUUAUUCAUUUUUUGUUGCAUUUGUUCUUAAUUCAUUAACAUUAAAUAAUAUUUAGCAACUUAAACAAAUAUUUUAAAAAUAAAAAUCAAUUUCAAAACUGAGUGGCUUCCCUUUUCUCAGGAAAAUAAAUUAAGUCCGGAAGCAGCGCUGCCGGAGGGAAUGAGUUAAAAUUAGCAAUGCAAUCUCAAGACUUCCAUCUAUGGCGUGAUUUUAAUUUAAAAACAGGAAGUUUUUAUCUUGUUCCACUUUAAAACAAUGCGUUUUUUAGUACGGCGUGUCUAUAUGUAGCAUGUGUUCGUCCGAGGUGCCAAGAUUUUUUGGCCAUUGAUCAAUAUUUUUUCGCCACUAAUGUUAUAUAUUUUUUUAAACCUUUUUUUUUUUUUUUUUGAUGCAUUCGUCCUUAAUUCAUUAUUAUUUAUUAGCUUUAAAAAUAUUUUUAAAAUGGUAAUUUAAUUUCAAAACUGAGUUGCUUCCCUUUUCUCAGGAAAAUAAAUUAAGUACGGAAGUAGCUCUGUCGGAGGGAAUGAGUUAAGAAAAUAAUUAUAAUAAAGAAUAUUUCAUUACUUCGCGGGCUACACAGUCUGUGCUGGCGGGCUGCUUUAAAAAAUAUUCAGAUGAGGCCUAUCCGCCAUGUUAGUAAAUAGUUGUAUUCAUCUUUUCAAGGUGUCUGUAUAGCUUAAAUGUUUUCUGGCAAGUCAAUAAUUCUUUUUCAUUGGUACCAUCUUAGCUAUCCUUGUUAUCAUGCUAAUUGAAAAUGGAGUAUAUCACUGCCAAUGAUGAUAUAGUUGUACUCAUCUGAUCCUGUGAUGAGAAAGCAUGGCUUAACUGAUGGCAUUUGUUCUUCAGUUUAUAUAUAAAUUUAUACCAUAUAUUAUAUAAAUAUUUUAGCUGCUUGGCAGUCAUUUGAUUUUUCAUCUUUCCAUAUUUCAGCCUGUUGAGCAUCCCCAUGGUGGUGGUAACCAUCAACACAUUGGUAAAGCAUCUACUGUCAGACGUGAUGCUUCUGCUGGUAAAAAGGUGAGAGUUUAUUUUUCUCUUGAUUAG